UUGAAUUUCUCUUUGUUUGCAUUGCCUUAAAACCUGGUUUCACAGGCCAAGCAGAGGAAAAGAAAAAAAUGGGCAAGAGCGAGAAGACACAGCUGGGUAGAUCGUUGGUGAAGCACCACAACCAAAUGAUCCAACAAUCCAAAGAAAAAGGCCGUUUUUACAACUCCCUUCACAAAAAAAUACUCGAAUCCAUCACCGACACAACCGAUAUCGAAGCCGUUAUCGAGCAAGCGGAGGACGCCGACCGCCUCUUUUCCCUCCGCCACUCCGACCCAAACCAACCCAUUAGUCUAGACACGAGCUCAAGUGCGAGUGAUUUGACACCUGAGGAGAGGAGGGCGCAGCAGAAGAAUGAGGAGGCUUUACAUGCUGGGAGUCUUCGAGUUCCUCGAAGGCCUCCUUGGAAUGCUGGAAUGUCUGUGGAGGAGCUGGAUGAUAAUGAAAAAAAGGCCUUUUUGGUCUGGCGCCGAACCCUUGCAAGCCUCGAGGAGAACGAGAGUCUUGUUCUUACACCGUUUGAGAAGAACCUGGAUAUUUGGAGACAGCUUUGGCGGGUCGUUGAACGAAGUGAUUUGCUUGUAAUGGUUGUUGAUGCACGAGACCCCUUAUUCUAUCGCUGUCCGGACCUUGAGGUAUAUGCAAAAGAGGUUGAUGAGCAUAGAAAGACAUUGCUCCUUGUAAAUAAAGCUGAUCUAUUACCUUUCUCAGCCAGACAAAAAUGGGCGGAGUAUUUUCACCGUCAUAAUAUUUUGCACGCGUUCUGGUCAGCCAAGGCUGCUACUGCAGUCAUUGAGGGGAAGAUGCUGAAAGAAGCAUGGAACGAGCAGGCUGACCCUGAAAAGAUGGACGACUCUGAUACAAAACUUUUUAGUAGGGAUGAGCUUUUGUCUCGAUUGCAGUCAGAAGCAGAAGAGAUAGUGAAGUUGAGGAGUAGAUCUGGGCCAAGUGGCAGACUGGAGUCUCUCGGACAAAAUGUUGCUGGGCAGUCAGCUCAGAAACAUGUAGUUGUUGGAUUUGUUGGGUAUCCUAAUGUGGGCAAAAGUUCUACUAUCAAUGCUUUGGUAGGCCAGAAGCGGACUGGAGUCACCUCUACACCAGGGAAGACCAAGCAUUUUCAAACGUUAGUAAUCUCUGAGGAUCUGACCUUAUGCGAUUGUCCCGGACUAGUAUUCCCUUCCUUCUCAAGCUCAAGAUACGAGAUGAUUGCUUCAGGGGUGUUACCAAUAGACCGGAUGACUCAACACAGGGAGGCUGUGCAAGUUGUGGCUAAUCGAGUCCCAAGGCAUGCUAUUGAGGAAGUUUACAAUAUUAAUCUGCCGAAACCUAAGCCAUAUGAACCACAAAAUAGGCCGCCUUUGGCAUCAGAACUUUUAAGGGCUUAUUGUGCAUCUCGGGGCCAUGUGGCAUCUAGCGGACUACCUGAUGAAAAUAGAGCUGCCCGUCAGAUUUUGAAGGACUACCUAGAUGGCAAGCUGCCACAUUAUGAGAUGCCACCUGGGAUGUCUUCUGUGGAAUCAAGUGUUGAAAUUGGAGGGCUCAGUUUAUCCGAGACUAAUGAGAUAGAUUCAUCUGACCUUGAAAACCCUACAAGUAGUGAAGCUGAAACAGCACCUGCUCUUGAACAUGUACUUGAUGAUCUAAAUUCAUUUGACUUGGCCAAUGGACUAACUUCCAAAAAGGUUACAGCCACAAAGUCAAAUGCAUCGCUUAAGCAUCACAAGAAGCCUCAGAGGAAAAAGGAUCGUACAUGGAGGGUCGGAAAUGAUGGCGGUGAUGGAAUGCCAGUGGUUAGAGCGUUCCAGAAGACGGUAAAUACCACUUCUUCACAAGUUGGCUGAUUAGUGAUAUUCCUCAAGGAUUCUCUCAUCACCUAUAUACUGCUGAGAAGAGAAAUCCAGAAUUGAAAUGGCCUGCUACUAGUUUACAUUUUAAACUCGAAGCCAUAAUUACAAUAUGAACUAGCAUCUAGUUUAGCAUUUUCGGGCCACGAGAUUGAACAGCACGAUCUGUUUUGCGUGCCUUAUGCGGUUAUUUAUUGUUGUAGUUCUUUCUAUUUUGGGUUGGGGGGAUGGGUUUAGGGGAAUGAAUGAAGUUGAGUUUGAUCUAUAAAAAAAACUGCUAUUUAAAGUUUAUAAGUUUGUUCUUUCACUUGAGAAGAGAAAAAUGGCGAAAAAAAGGAAUUAUUAACCAUUUUGAUGUUUGAACUAUUA